AUGACGUCACGGUCUCGAUGCGAGGCCGGUGAAAGCAUUAACAAAAAAUUCUUUCGACUUCUGCAACCAAUAAAGCCAACAGGUAGGCCCAUACUGCCAAAUAGAUGCUGGCACUUAUCUGCGAUCGAAGAUACAAACAUCGUUAAAACCUGUAAGCUUUACAGUGUGGCGUACACAGUUAUUUGGAUCAUACAAUUCCUAGAUCUGCAGAGAUCUACUGGUGGAUUUGACAAGGUAUCCAGCUCAGUUGUAUAUGGGGUCUAUACCUCUUAUUUCAUCGACAUCAUUGCACUCGGACUCCUCUUCAUCGCCUCCGCCAUCCUCCUCAUCGGUGUGUUUAAGAAUUCCAAAUGCCUCCUGAUCCCUUACAUGGUGGCUAUUACAGCCCUCAUCGUAUUCCAAGCUAUUGCGUGGUUCCUUCAUCUGUUCAACUGGUAUAAAAUAAACGAAUCCUUGACAACAACUUUAAUUAUAAGUCUCAUUGCAUGGAUUCUACUAGCAUUUGUAAAUGUGAUAUGUCUUCUUUGUGUUAUUUCUGAGUACCAAAAACUAAGUGAAGAUCGUGGCCAGAAAAAUGAUGCCGAAAUAGCAUAUACACCGACCUGUCCCCAUGUAAUCACAUCUCCACCUGAGACUCAAGUGGCGAGCUAUCCAAUCGAAAACCUUUAAAGCCAUCAACAGUAGUGUGGUAUAGGCCUACAACCAAGUUUCCUAUCAACUCAUAGCUACAACAUUUACAACUGAUCACAGACAUCGAUCGGACAGACUCCAGGGCCCAUCUUUCAAAGAGUUGCGAUUGAUCCAGUCAAUCGCAACUAUGGAAAGCCAGCAAAAUCAACAUAUA